UCCAGGGGGAGAACAGGUGCGUGACCACGUUGAACCCGGUGAACGGUGGACACCGUGUGUCCCUCAUGGAGACUGUCCUCCGGCUCCGCUGCGGCUCCACACACGGUGCGAAGGAGUCCGACCAGGUGCCACGAGACGGACAGCGGCGCGGCGGACUGCGGUUGGACCACUACUGUGCACCGACAUGGACCGUGAAUACUUAAGUGUCGUAGUGAGACGGUGAGGGAGGGGGGGCUGUUUCAGCCACCGGAGAUCGAACCCGCGGUUUGUUGUCUGCGCUCAACACGUUGUCUGAGAGGACGAGGGGCAUCACUGACAAGAGGAUGUCUCCUCCACCCUGCUCUCUUUCUCAGCCUGUCUCCUGAGUUCAAACGUCUCCUCCGCAGACUGAGUGCUCCUGAGCGCUCGCUGCGACCCUCCCUGUUUGGCUGCCUGGCCGACAUCCCGGGGAGGUGAUGCGGCGGUUCGUCUACUGCAAGGUGGUGCUGACCACCUCUCUUGUGUGGGUGCUGGUGGACGUGUUCUUGCUGCUCUACUUCAGCGAGUGUAACAAGUGCGAUGACAGGAAAGACCGCUCGCUCCUCCCUGCCCUCCGAGCUGUGAUAUCCCGGAGCCACGAGGGUCCAGGCGAGAUGGGCAAGUCGGUGAACAUUCCCAAGGACGAGCAGGAGAAGAUGAAGGAGCUCUUUAAGAUUAACCAGUUCAAUCUGAUGGCCAGUGACAUGAUCGCACUCAACAGGAGUCUGCCGGAUGUGAGGUUGGAUGGCUGUAAGACCAAGGUGUACCAAGACGACCUGCCCAACACCAGCAUCGUCAUCGUGUUCCACAACGAGGCGUGGAGCACCCUGCUGCGCACCGUUCACAGUGUCAUCAGCCGCUCCCCCAGACACUUGCUCAUGGAGAUCGUGCUCGUGGACGAUGCCAGCGAGCGAGACUUCCUGAAGAAGAAGCUGGAGAACUACGUGCGAACUCUGGAGGUGCCCGUACGGAUCCUGAGAAUGGAGCAGCGGUCGGGUCUGAUCAGAGCCAGGUUGAGGGGGGCGGCCGCCACCAAAGGUCAGGUCAUCACCUUCCUGGACGCUCACUGCGAGUGUACGGUGGGCUGGCUGGAGCCCCUGCUGGCCCGCAUUAAAGAGGACAGGUCAGCAGUGGUGUGCCCUAUCAUCGAUGUCAUCAGCGACGAGACGUUUGAAUACAUGGCCGGCUCCGAUAUGACUUAUGGUGGAUUCAACUGGAAGCUGAAUUUCCGCUGGUACCCUGUUCCCCAGCGGGAGAUGGAUCGACGCAAAGGCGACAGAACGCUUCCUGUCAGAACUCCCACCAUGGCAGGAGGGUUGUUCUCCAUAUACAAAUCAUACUUUGAAGAAAUAGGAAGCUAUGAUCCAGGGAUGGAUAUCUGGGGGGGAGAGAACCUGGAAAUGUCUUUCAGAAUCUGGCAGUGCGGGGGCUCUUUGGAAAUCGUCACUUGUUCACACGUGGGCCACGUUUUCCGGAAGGCCACCCCGUACAGCUUCCCUGGAGGUACUGGCCAAGUCAUCAACAAGAACAACAGGCGCCUGGCCGAAGUCUGGAUGGAUGAUUUCAAAGACUUCUUCUACAUCAUAUCACCAGGAGUGAUGCGGGUCGACUACGGAGACGUCUCUUCCCGUAAAGCCCUCCGCGAGGCCUUGAAGUGCAAACCGUUCUCCUGGUACCUGGAGAACAUCUACCCAGACUCCCAGAUCCCAAGAAGAUACUACUCACUUGGUGAAAUCAGAAAUGUUGAGACCAACCAGUGUGUGGACAACAUGGGAAGGAAGGAGAACGAGAAAGUCGGCUUUUUCAACUGUCACGGUAUGGGAGGAAACCAGGUGUUCUCAUACACGGCGGAUAAAGAAAUUAGAACAGACGACCUCUGCCUGGACGUCUCCCGCCUCAACGGCCCCGUCGUCAUGCUCAAGUGUCACCACAUGAAGGGAAAUCAGAUGUUCGAGUAUGAUGCUGAGCGACUCACCCUGCUGCACGUGAACAGCAACCAGUGUUUGGACAUGCCAUCUGAAGAGGACAAGAUGGUCCCCACCCUGAGAGACUGCAACGGCCGCCGCUCUCAGCAGUGGCUGCUACGAAACAUGACCCUCAACGUCUGAUCCCUCACCUCUCCGACCCCAUUCUACUCUCCUCCUAACCCGGCCCGGCUCCACACCCUCACCAGGUGGCUCGCACACAUCAUGUGCAUCUUCCUGUUGCAGCAGCAGCAGCAGCAGCUUCCAUCUUCCAUUAUGGACGCGUCUCCUCUUACAGCUCGCCACAGGUUGGAGAGAAGCUGCACCUGACAUUUACGAGACAUGAUGAGCUUUGGGGAUCUCAUCAAGUCCGAGCAGGGAGAUCGAUGUGUGAGGUCUGUGCAUGGAGAACACUGAUAUCAUUCCUGCUGUGACCCUGCAGCCACACUGGGCUCCUCGGACUGCUCAUUAGCUGCUGGACAAACGAUUCAACAGGAGAGCGUCUGAGCGACGGUGCUCACUGUGUGCAGUGUGACAUGCAGUGCAGCGACUGUAGCUACAAUCAUAGGACACGAUGGUUGUGAUCGCUGCUACAUCAGUGUCUGGGUUACACUGAAAACACUGGAUUGUUCUCAUCACUGUUGUAAGGGAACGAAAGAUAAAAAUGAUACUGAAGCUAAUGUGUAUUUUUUUUUCAUUUAUCAUAUUUCUUGAAACUUUGAAUCUUGAAUGGUUGACUGACCUUUUGGGUUAGUGUUGCUAGGAGAAUCCCUUUCAUGGUGUGUUGGUGACUACAGGACGACACGAGAAAUCUACUGUUGUUACUGUAGCAUGAGCUAGCAGCCGUUAGCAAUUUAAGAUUCAUCAUUGAAUAAACGGGAGGACCCAUCGUUGUCCCUCAAGAUGCUUAUUGUUCAUGUUACUGAGACACAAUGUGUCAUUUGUGGAAUUGAUUCGAUGUCAAAACAACAAUGCAGCUCAGACUUCAGUUCAUAAUAAUGUUUGACUCAAAUUUCCUGUAACUAAUGUCCCCUCGUAACAGUAACAACAAUACUGUGACAGCAGAAAAUAAAUUAUUCUUUUUGGUAAUGAAUGGUUUUACCAAAUAAAAAGUCUCUAUUGAUAACCCUAGUGAUAAACUGUAUCUUAAGAUUUUCUUAAAAUUUACAAAAGAAAAAAAAACAUUCAGCAUUUUGUAAGGACCCUUCAGUUCUUUGUUUGAAGAAUUGUUACCACAGACGUAUCCCUGUGUUUCUGUCCUGCACUUUCCUGUCUGCCAGCCGCCGAUUUAUUGGUCAGGCUCUACUUGUUAAAGUGUUUUUUCUUUUGCUGGAAUAAAAAUAAUAAUGAUUUCAAACCUAUCAUCUAUAGCAAAUGACUAGAAGACAAGAGUACGGCUAUAACAUCCUCCCCCACCCUAGACACCUGAGUAAUUGCAUAAUGGUCCAUAGAAGAGAAAUGGGAUUUACAGUAUGGUGCAGAUGAAAAUGUCAGGCAGCUUUCUGGAUUGAUGGAAAACAUAUUGGAUUAAGUUUACUUAUAAAUAAAUGGCUGCAGGAAAGGAUGACUCAAGUAAUCAUCACUCGGCUCCGUCUGUGAUUGAUUUAGGAACGGCUGUAAGAGUCGUCUCUAAAUGAUAACACGUGUACUGACCUAGGAUUAGAUGCAGUGUGUUAUAAGGACAUUCACAAAAAAAACCCUCCUUUUAUCGUUUCUACAAGAUGUCCACCUCUUGUCCUCAUACAUUGCCCAGCGCAUUUUAAACAUCUCAAGAUAUCAGGUUGUCUUGGAGCUGAAUCAUUUCGUGUGCCUUUAGAAAUUAGUUUUUCAUUUGGUUUAUUGGUUUUUAGAUGGUUUAAUAAUUUAGCUGUGGAAAAAGAAGACUGUUGAGUCUGUUUUCAUUUGAGAUGAAGUACUACACCAUAUUGAUGUCAUAUCUCAUGAAUUUAUCACUUCCGUAUAAAUACUUGAUCAAGCGUCUCUUUACCCAUUAAUAGUUAAGCAGGUCAGUAUUCAGUAUAUAUAUAUAUAUAUAUUCACCCAUCGCCCAAGCAAAUGUGACUGGUACACAGCAUCACUGUCUGAGAUCAACACAUUUAGUUGUUCAUAAUGACGUGUUGCUAUCACCAUUGUUGUUGUUGUACAUACAGAACCAAUUAUUUUUCUAAGAUGCUGUAAAACUUGAACCCUCCUCAGAGGAAAAAAGGCAUUGAAUGGUGAAGAGAUCAGGAGGUUUUGCAAUGUUUUAUUUGGAAUUGAGGUAAUAAAAACCAGUGCUUACCAUGGGUUUUGAAAUUGCGGUGUGUUUUGGAAAUCAUCAUUGGUCCCUUGAAACCAAUCCUCACACUACCUGGAGGACCUGAGGCGAGCGUACGUGAGGGAGCAACUAAUGCUGAAAUACUAUCAAUGCUGCUUGAAUACUGAAUCCUCGCCAAGUGGCUGCUUGGCAUUCAGACUCAAAUUCAAUCAUCUCUUUUGCAUUGCGCGCAAACAUUUAUUGUUUUUCAUUAUCUCAAAGUGCAUGGUGUUCAAAAAUAAAAAAAGGAAUGUAAUGUUUCAAUGUACUGUUCGCAAAAUGAUAGUGUUACCUGUUUGUACAUUUUGCCUUUUUUGUAGAAAACAAUAAAUAAAACU